GGCGAGGCGCUGACAUCAGAGCCGGGCCGCGCCGCGCCGGGAGGAGGAGGAGGAGCCGCACCGGAGCCAUCGCUCUUCCCGGGGCCGGGGCGCACCGGCGGGGGGCGGCGGCGGCGCUGCUGCUGCUUUACCCCCGUCCCGUUCCCAGCGGGCUCCGCCGGCCGCCGAGUCCCGGAGCCCGGCCGCCCGCCCGGCGCGGCCCGCCCGCCGCCCGCCAUGCUCUCCGGGGCGCCGCCGCCGCCGCCCGCCGGCUUCCCCAGCCCGCCGCCGCCCCAGCCGCCGCCGCCCCCGCCGCCCGCCGCUCCCCCCCUCCACGGGCCGCCGCCGCCGCCGUUCCCGGUGAAGGGCGGCCUGCAGAUCCGGAAGAAUGCCAUCACGGACGACUACAAGGUCACCACGCAAGUGCUGGGGCUGGGCAUCAACGGGAAAGUUUUGGAGAUCUUCAGUAAGAAGAGCGGGGAGAAGUUCGCUCUCAAGAUGCUGCAGGACUGUCCGAAGGCCCGCAGGGAAGUGGAGCUGCACUGGAGGGCAUCGCAGUGCGCGCACAUCGUCCGCAUCAUGGAUGUCUACGAGAACCUCUACCAGGGGAGGAAGUGUCUGCUCAUCGUCAUGGAGUGCUUGGACGGCGGGGAGCUCUUCAGCCGGAUUCAAGACAGGGGAGACCAGGCCUUCACGGAACGGGAGGCUUCAGAGAUAAUGAAGAGCAUUGGGGAAGCCAUCCAGUACCUACACUCAAUCAACAUCGCGCACCGGGACGUGAAGCCCGAAAACCUCUUGUACACCUCCAAAAGACCCAACGCUGUGCUAAAACUCACGGACUUUGGCUUUGCUAAAGAAACCACCACUCACAACUCCUUGGCCACUCCGUGCUACACGCCAUACUACGUGGCCCCGGAGGUGCUGGGCCCGGAGAAGUACGACAAGUCCUGUGACAUGUGGUCCCUCGGCGUCAUCAUGUACAUUCUGCUGUGCGGGUAUCCCCCCUUCUACUCCAACCACGGCCUGGCCAUCUCGCCCGGCAUGAAGAAGCGAAUCCGAAUGGGCCAGUACGAGUUCCCCAAUCCUGAAUGGUCCGAAGUGUCGGAGGAAGUUAAGCAACUGAUCCGCAACCUGCUGAAGACGGAUCCGACCCAGCGCAUGACGAUAACGGAGUUCAUGAACCACCCCUGGAUCAUGCAAUCCAUGCAGGUGCCCCAGACCCCACUGCACACCAGCCGCGUGCUGAAAGAGGAGAAGGAUCUGUGGGAGGACGUGAAGGAGGAGAUGACGAGCGCGCUGGCCACCAUGCGAGUGGACUACGAACAAAUCAAGAUCAAGAAAAUCGAAGAUUCCUCGAACCCUUUGCUGAUGAAGAGGCGGAAGAAAGCGAACCCCACCGAGCCCGCCACGCUCCCCCACUGAGGGUGUCCCGCGCCCACCGGCCCUUGAGAAAGCAAUAACUAUAUAUAUAUAUUUUUUAAGAAAAAAAGACAAAAAGAGACAGACUGUUAUAUCAAGCGCAUGGAAUUCGACAUUUAUACCAGACUAGUUAUUUUUAGCUACUCACCUGUGUUUCUGACCUUUCCGGAGCAGGCGGUAAGAUCCCCCCCUGCGUCAGAUCCACACGCUGCGGCCGGGGGUUUUGUCCUGUAGGUGAACGCCGCCGAUAAUUGGAUAUUAUUUUUUUUUCUUUUGUGAAACAGUUUUGAUUAUUAUUUUUUUUUUCCUUCUUUCCAAAGACAUGGAAAUUCCUGUGGUGACCUUUUUAGGGUAUAUAACGUAUAAAUAUUUUUUAAAAACUACUGUAGAGCUGAAACCCAGACAGCGUGUUCCCUGCGUGGAUGCUGGCUAGAGAUGGGCUUCAGGCUGGGGAGGGGGUCGGGGGGGGACGACAGGGAAGGAGAGCUGCCUUCUCCCCGGCCCUGCUGUGUGUGGGGUCCUGGUGGACACUAGGCUUCUUUGUUGCCCUGGAAAACUGCUGUUUUUUAAAGCACGGUAGCCAAAAAAGCACCGCCCCCCCCAACCCCUCCCUGACCUGGAAGCCUUGAUUCUCCCCGCGAGCGCCGUCUGUCUCGCCGUCUGUCUGUCUGUGCGUGGGGUGUGUGUCGUGUCCGUGGGCGCGGAGCUGCUCGUGGCUCCCCCCGCCGUGGCCAUCGCAGUCUGUACCUGUGCCUGGAAUCCAGUUCUGACCUCAGGGGUGGGCGGGGGGGGGCCGGGGGAGGGUGAGCAGGAGGCCGGUGCCCCCCGCAUCCCCCCCACUCUGCAGGGAUGUGGGGAAAAGAUGCUUCCCUGCCGCCUCCGCCCGCUCCCGCAGCCCCCAGCUCCAGGGGCGAUGCUGUCCCGGGGGUCCCCGGGGAAAAGCGGGUGGCAUGGGGAGGGGGUGGAGGUGGCAUGGGAUCGCAGCUGGAGCCGGGACGGCAGCGCUGUCCCCUCCCUGGCCAGGGCUGGGGGUUGUGCUGCCCCCCUCCUCCCCCGGCGUGGCUUCUGCUGGGGGGGCAGCUCCUGCUGCCAGCUCCCGGGGGGCUGGGAGCGAUCCCCCGCUCCCAGGAGCAGGAUGGCUGCUCCGAAGUCUUUAGUCCAUGAAUUAUUAUUAUUAUUAUUAUUAUUUGUCACAAUGUUUCACUGCGUUAAAUGUGUUUGAAUGGGGAAAAAAAAAAUUUUUUUAAGGCAAUGUUUAGUUUUUAGGUGAUCUUUUAGACACUGUAUGGAAUUUUAAUUUGUUUUAAAAUCCGAUUUUUAUCCCUUUUUUUUUUUAUUUUAUUUUAUUUUUGUCUGUUGGCUUAUACUAAUCUUCCUGGUCUGCUCUUCAGUCCUUUGGAUUAAAGACACUUAAUGCGUCA